GGAUCAACUAUCGGUUUUCAGCAGAAUGCUUAGACGAAAAUUUCUAUGAUUGGUGCUACAUGUCUAACUGAGUUAUAUCUAUCUAGUGCAAAGAUAGCAUGACAUACGACUUUAUAUUGAACAUCGAAUUAUCUAAAUGUGAAACUGCAUUGAAUUUUCCUUGUUAAUUAAUUCACACACGGCGAAAUUACGACGUAACGAGGCGCGGGGCCGUCGACUCCUGCUAUCCCAAAUCAAGAUCGACCAGCAAGUCGAUAAUUGGCGUGUCUCCCUCGUCACGAGAUCACGUCGCGAAGCGGAGAAGAGGACAGAUCGAGUCAGCAACCCCCGCAGCGAGGAAGGGUUUGCGCCUGCGUCCGUCUCUUCCGUUGUCGCGAAGGGUGAAACUGAUGCGCGACGAACGAGGGAGGGAAAGGGAGAGGAACGGAGAUGGAAGACGCUGGUUGAAAGGAGAGAGAACGGUGACCAUCGGAUAGAAAGAGGGAGAGAGAGAGAGAGAAAAAAGAGAGGGACGUUGAACGUUGAACGCCGUGGCCUCGCAGUCUCCUCUCAUUCGCGCCGCGCACGAAGACUCGUCGCGCUUCCUUUUGUAUUUUUGCGAGCGAGUCGCAGCGUAACGUAGCGCCUGAUCGCUUCCACGCUCGGCGAGAGAUCUCCGUUGUAAAUCCAUCGUGCAUCGUUCCCGGUGGCGUGCCACGGCGGAUGCGAGGCUCCUGCAAAACGGCGCCUGAGAAACGUCGGACAGCGAAGAGACUCUCCUGCGUCCUGCGAGAGGAGAGCCGCCUGUGACCUGUCGAUUCGAAGACACGAGGACCAAUCGAUAUGCGACUCAGGGAGUCCGUCUCGGUCUCGGUGCCGAUACAUCCCGGUGGACUGAACAAUAACCAGCUCCGCAGGCACAGCCCGAGCCGGAGCACCGGAGCCGGCGAGAUCGGCGAUCGCAACGAGAACGCGACCCAGAAGCCGGUCGCGCCCGAGCCGGACUACCCGAACGACGAGUCGGCGGACUUCCACUUGGCCGAGGACACCACCACGUGGUCCUCCCUCGCGAUCGCGCGUGACAACGUGCAGCAGAGCAACCUGCAAGCCCAACCGCCCGUUAACGUUAAUAACAAUCUCACCGAGUCGAGGAUACAAAGGAACAGUUCCGCCGAGAGUCUCGCCGAUUACGAAGGCACGAACGAAGAGCAAUCCGCCAACGUAAACAACAAUCUAACCGAGUUGAAGAUACAAAGGAGCAGCUCCGCCGAGAGUCUCGCCGAUUACGAAGGGCGUAACUCUCCGCACGAGAAACUCUCAUCGCGCGAGUUGACGCCGUCCGAGUGGUCGGACUGGUCCGAGGAAGGGAACCUGCCGGCGGGCUGUCGCGGCAUCGUCAACCCCAACUACCCCGGCUUCCAGCAUCUGGCGCCAUCCCUGCUGUCGGAUACCGACCUGACCGAGGACGAGCACGACAGCUGCUCGGAUUACCCGUCGCACUACAGCGUUAACCAACAUCACCACGAGGUGGUGGCCCCGUUGCCGGAGAACGACAACGAGUACAACAACAACAUCGACGACAGCAUCAACCACCUCGGCGGUCAGCGCAACGACCGCAAGACCUUCUACGAGAAGCCGAAGUUCAAUAUACAGACGGUGACCUCUCUGUACGAGUCGGUGGUGCCGCCUUCGGAAAAGUGCAUCAACUACGUGAAGAGCGUGGAGGUCUCUAGGUCCGAGGAGAAGGCGCUCUCGCCAGAGCCGGAAGAAGUCGUCGUGAACGGCAUCGUCGAGGCGGAGACCCACCUGACGCUCCUCGACGAGCGGGAGGAGGGUCUGGCCGACCAGGUGGACGAGCGCCCCCCCGAAUUGUCGCAGGUGACUUUUGAGGAUAAACGCGAAAGGGAGGUAUCCGUCGAGGUCGAGCUGGUGGAGUUGACCACCGGCGUGAAUGAAAGCCUGCAGUUUCCGGAGAUCGAGGAGAUCCUGGACUCCGGAAAGACCAGCGAGAUCGGCGAGACGGAGGACGUCACGGUGGAGCACAUCGACCUGAUACGCGAGGCAAAGGAGUUGCCUCAUCCAGAUCGGUCCAAAAUAGGCAACCGUCAGCCGACGACGACGACGACGACGACGACGACGACGACGUCGACGGACGGCUCGGCCGACGACGACGAGUCGGAGAACAAUAGCGAUUACUCCGAGGGUUUCGCCGAGGAACGACCUACCUACACGAAGCUGGAGGAGAUCGAUCUGCUGUCGAGCAUCGGCCGUGACAUCGGCGUUGAUCUCGAGAAGUACGCCCAGCCGGUACCGGACGUGGUCGCGAUGGAGUCAAUCGAGAAUAUGCGCCAAUCGCGGUCCGCCUCGAUCGUCAAGGAUCACGUCGACACCAACAAGCUGCUGGACCGCGAACUCCCGGAGAUGUCCAGCGCGGACGCCCGGAAGAAGGAAAAGAUGGAAAACCAGGCCAAGCGUCGUCAGCAGCAACAACAGCAACAGCAGCAAUCGCGAAACUCCAACUCUCAGAGGCGUCCCGAUAAGCGCAGAGCUGAUAUGGAUAAUGGAUCUGGUGGCUUCGACGUUUACAACAUUGAGACAGCGAUGCCAAAGAUCGACCUGGAUGCAAUCGAGUCACAUCUCCGAGCCGCACGCGAGGAAGAACGUCGGCGACGAAACGAUCGCGAAGAGAUUAGACGAAGACUCGCAAUGGGACCUGAUGCCGAAGAUUUACGCACCGAACGUGGACGAAAACCGAGUCUCCAGUCACGUCUUCAGAGUGGAAUGAAUCUUCAGAUUUGCUUCAUGAAUGAGACAUCAUCGGACACAGAGUCCCCGGGUUCAGAAAAUGACACGUCUCCUGGAUCCACGCCUACGUCUCUCGGUUCGAAGCAACUCGGUGGAAAGCAGCAGGCACCGACAAGGCCACAGGUGUUGAGUCUUCCGUCUCUAAGACUGGACACAGGCGCGAAUUCCACACCACCGGUCGACGAGGCCGACUUCUUCGCGCGACAAGCCAGACUGCAGACCGAGGCGCGAAUGGCCCUGGCACAGGCCAAAGAAAUGGCACAUAUGCAAAUGGAAGUGGAGAGGCAGAGGUUGAAGCAAAGUCCCAUUACCGAGAUGGUGCGAUGCAGCUUAGAGAAAGUCGGCGUACAGCUGGGAGAGGACAGACGUAGAUUAUCUCGUGUUCUUCUCACGGAAUUGAAUGUCGCCCAACUGCAAGUAGUAGCGAAUGACUUGCACGCAAGAAUCGCCGUGUUGAACGAGGCGCUUGUUGAAGGACUUUUGAGGAGAGACGAUUUACAUAUGGAGCAAGAUUCGAUGCUUGUUGAUGUGGAAGAUCUCACUCGAUAUUUAAGAAACAAGCAAAGCAUGCAGCAAACGGCAAAUCGAAACUAUCAGCAAUCUUCUUCAGCUCCGAUGAAGCUGUCGAUGAAACCAAAGUUAACGCAUUUGAAUCGCGGCCUGGUUGCUCUUGUAAGAAAAUAAUCCUUCGCCACGAGACUGCGCAGUCUCGUCGGAAAUUAAACUCCGAGCGAAAAGGGACACCACGGAUUUUAUGAACGUGAAAGGAAGAAACGAAGAAACUUCCCUUGGGAAAGGAAAAGAAUCCUUGCAGAAAGAGAGAGAACGAAAGAGAAGAGACGAAGAAAAAACGCUUUUUCUUUGGCAGGCGAAAGCAGAAUUUUCAUUGGAGAUAAAAUGAUGAAGAAAGCUUCUUCAUGAAAGAGGAUGAAAGAUCUUUUUUUUUUUUUUAAAAAAAAAGACGGAGACACCUUCCUUGGAAGAAAAAAAUUGUCGAGUAUAAAAGAUCGAUUAUGUUAGAGACCGUGGUGUGCGUGCUCGAGAACUCUGAAAAAAACAUUUAUAUGUAAUGAUCAGCUUUGAUAACGGUGGAGUCAUUCCCACUUCAUUGACAACGGGGGAUAACAGUGAACAUCUUACCCCUGAAUUUCCAAGUGUUUUUACAGCUUUGUCGUUAAUCACGUGGAAGUAGAAAUUUACGUAUGUUCGUACUGCGUAAGCGAGCAGAGCAACGAGUACUCGUUUGUACCCCUCACAUUGAGAUUCUCCAUCUCUUUCUAUCUCCUUCUCGUCUGUACUCGCUCGGCCCCUAAGCUCAGAUUAUGUCCCGCGCGACAUGCAUGCAUGUGUCUACGAGUGUAUCGAUUAUUCGCCUUUAAAUAAUAGGGUAUCAUUAGCGAGGACGGAUCCCUUCUCUCUGUUAUACAUAUAACGAAGAUUUAUAUCGGAUUAUUGCCGUCGAGAUUUCACAUGAUGUUUAAAGAAAGCGCUUCGUUCCAAGUCAUCCAAUAUAAGUCGUUCACGCGUGCAUUGAUGUUAAUGUCGAUACUUCGUAAAAUCGCAUUCGUUUCGCAUGGCGCGUAGAAUAUUCGAACGGCAAACUUAUGUAUUUUACGAAUCCAUCCGUAGAUUUAUAAAUUCAAUUUCGAUUUCAUAAAUAUUCGGAUGUGUACAUCCUUGCUUCGGUAGAUCUCUAGAUCCGCCAUUAGACGCCGUCAGCAGAUUAAACAGAUCCUAUCACAUAUACAGUCGUUCCACCCGGCUUGGCAAUGCGAGACACUGGUGAAACGAUAAAUCAGUUUUUAUUUAUCGACGAGGAAAAUCAAUACCUUCUUGAGUAACACAAUGCGCGCGCAAGGGAAAGUAGAUGGAAUGUAAACGCCACUCGAGGCGAAGAGAGUGCAAUGACCGUGAAGAACGAAAAAUGCGUCACAUAUCCAAAUAGUUGAUUUAGUAUGCGAAAAGCGAUUAGUCCAUAUAUAGAGCAACUAUGAAAGCGUAAUCGGAUAAGGAAGGAUACCUGAUUGAAUCGCGCUAUUCGCGAGGUUUAAUCGUUUACUAUGUCACGAAGACGACUUUUGGAAUUUGAAAUUGAAAUUAUUCAACGAUAUGGAUUAUUCGAUUCUUGCAUUGAUAUUAUUUUUGCAUGCUGGUCCUCAUAUGAUCUCAUUCACGCGCAGGAUUUCAAAUGUAGUCAAAAUAAAUUUCAACGAGUCUAAGCCGCA